AUGGCAGGCGGGGCUCUGGAGGGGCGGGAUUCCCGGCGGCCAAUCCAGAGGCGGGUAGGUGAAGGCCCGAGGAGGGAGGCUGGGAACUGGCGAGGGGAGGCCGGCGAGUCAAGGAGGUCCGGCCGCGCGGGUGCGUGCCGUGCGCGGCUGCCAUUUUGGAGUCGGGCAGCUGCGACAGCGGCCGGGUUCGGCCGAAAAAGGGAGGAGCCACAAAGGGGAAUCGCUGAGCAUUCCAGGAAGAAGUUGUAUAGCCCAUGCAUUCGCCUUCUGAAGCAAAGUCUGGGAACAGGUACCAAAGAGCUUGCGCUGAAGGAGAGGCUUGCGGAGACGGGAUUGACGGAGCUGCAGGAGAGGCUUGCGGAGACGGGAUUGACGCAGCUGCAGAAGGAGAGGCUUGCGGAGACGGGAUUGACGCAGCUGCAGAAGGAGAGCGGUUCUCAGGAUGCAGCCGAGAGUCUCAGAGAGCAAGGACCCUGGUGGCUUCCCAGCAGCCCAAAGAUCCUGAAGGAUGACAAACGGGACAUUCAGCCUCAGGUCUCCAUGGUCAUCUUAUGACAUUGUGCAAGUUUGUCCGCAAGAUGAUAGUCCUCUGCACGAUCAGCAAUGACACUCGUGAAGCAGCUUGCGUGGAGAGGGGUGUGACCAGCAUGAAAUAACUGAUCCGAGAGGCCCAGCUCAAGACUCGGGCACCCCAUGACUGUCAAGGGCCUGAGCCCGAGUGGGGUUGGUAUGUCCGCCCAGGGAGAUGCUGAGGAGGUGCUCCAUGUCUAAUGAGGCCACAUUCCACUCUUCCCAUUUUCAGUGUCUCUCCUCUAGACGAGCUUUACUACAGAUCUGUGGGAUCCUGUGUUCUUCCUGUUUCCUUUUACGAGAUGAAUUUAUUUUGGUGGUUAUUUAAAUUCAGUCUUCUUCAUCUGAUGACAGACUUUCUAAAAGCGGGGUCCAUGUCUGUCUUGUUCACUCUCGUAGCUUCAGUCACCAAACCGGGGUCUGGUGCAGAGCAGGCAUUCACAAAUGUCAUUGAAUGAAAUAAACCGAUCCGAUGACCAUUCAUAGGUACAUGGAGAAGACAGCGAACGCCUGGGCAGUGGUCAGCCACUAGAUGGCGCGAAUGCCCCAUACGCAAACUGUGCAGCAGGCUUCCUCAAACCCGAGGGAUGGGUGGCCAUGGCUGGGCUCCAAAUCUGCUUGGAAGGGAUUCUGCUGAGUUCCUAACAUCUGUCUUUACUGAGCGCCAUACUGGGCCGUUUACAAUGCUUACUGUAGCUCUUACAGCCACCACGGGGGAAGUUAUCCCACUUUACAAGGGGAAACAGAUGUCCAGCAAUUUGAAGUAACUUUUCUUAAGAUACACAACCUGGGGCAGGAGAGAAGCACUCCGAACCUGAAUCUGUCGGCCUCCACAUCCGAGUUCUUAACCAGUGUAUGUUAGUGCUUCUAUUAUGGUGGCCUCAAACGCCAAUAAUGUACUUCCUUCUAUUUAAAAAAAAAAAAAAAUCCCACCAGGUGGUGGUGACGCACACUUUUAAUCCCAGCACUCCGGAGGCAGAGGUAGGCAAUUCUCUAUGAGUUCAAGGCCAGCCUGGUCUACAAUUCCAGGAUAGCCAAAGCUACACAGAGAAACCCUGUCUUGGAAAAAAAAAAUCCUCACAGGUGAUUGUUAUUUUCUCACAGACCCAGUGUGAGGUCUCUGCAUGGCCAUUGGCUUCUAAAGACAAUUUAUGAAAGAGGGAAAUCAAGUCCGAAUGGACUCAGCAUCUCCUAGGUCAGACCUUUAGGUCUUGAGCUCAUGGGUGAGCUAAGCAUCCUACUUGGAGAAAAUAACCCUCAGCGUAUCGACCAAUCAUGAAGAGCUAGCUUUUGUAACUGGUCUGGCAGAAAUGAAGAUAAUCUAAAAAGAUACCGAGUCUCUCAGUUAUCUUGUUUCUCAAUUUAUCAGACUGUUGAGACAACAGAUCCCAAGGAAAUGGGAAUUUCCUCAGGAAUCUCAGGGUGGGAGAAGGAAAGGGCACCUACCUUGAAAGAGACACAGUACCGGAUGAGACUGGUGAUGGAUCCAUGGUGGGCAGGGCCACAAGCUACUGGGGCUGCUUAAAUGUGCACAUCCUUGGCCUUCUAUUUAAACUUGGGUCUGUCACUUCAGGUCCCCAAAGACUGCCUUGAGGGGCUCGAUGGAUCUCUCUGUCCCUCUUCCCAAUGUGGCCACAUUGAAGACUUCUUCUUUUCCUGCGUUCCACUUAGAAUUUGGCUAUUUUAAUUCGCUCAUUGAGACCUGACUUGGGGUACAAGGGGUAACCCCAAAAUCUGAUAACAAGCUCACACACCGGCUUGAGCAAAUACAGGUGGCUUUACAACCUGGCCGUAUGUGUGCAGGUGAGUCACAUCUACACACAACGGCAGCUCAGUGCCACACAGGUAAUGUGUGUGUGUGUGUGCGUGUGUGUGCGUGUCACAAGAGCAUCUGAAAGACAGAGGUGACUAGAAAACACAUCAGAGAGACAGCAAAUAAACUGUGUCCUUUUUACUCAAGGUUCAGACCAAAGAUCAGAGGCCCUGGCUCUGCCUGGGAGCUUGUAAGCCAUAUAGAGUGCUAUUCCAGACCUCCUGAACAGGAAUCUGCAUUUUAACAGAUCCCCAUGUGUUUAAAGACUUCCAAGGACCAAGUGUUUGUAUUUCUAAGUCUCCUUAAAAUAUUUUUAACUUUAAACUCAUCUUCCUUUUGGAUUUUGUCUUGCUUUUAAAGGAGUUGCACUGUGUACUCCGGGCUCCUGCUGUUCUUCACAAGGAACCCCAUAGACACUUCUAAUGGCCAAGUUUUCUAAGUUAUUAACCAGAAGGAAAGCUCUUGCCCUGAAGUAUUUUUGUAUGCUUUUAUAUGAAAAAAUUUCAGGAAGGUAGGCCUUGAAAACAAUCUAAAGGAUUAACUUUUUAAUCACUAAAGGGACUUUCCUAUGUUUAUUUUAAUUGCGGUAUGCUGUAAUUCUUUGGAGAUAAACAAUUUAUAUAUGUUACAUAUAUCAGGACUCCUCAAGUCACUCCCUAGCUUCUGCACUGUCCUCUUAUUUAUCAUUUGGAAUCCAUGGAAGUUGAAACAUGGAGUCCGUGUUUACUGUGAUCGAGAGAGAUCUCUUAAGAGACAAGCACUUCCAAUGGAGCGGAUUGAAUGUCUCAGUGAGAAGAGACAAGGCCCUUAUGUCUACCUGUGUUUCAUUUCUCCUUAUCCACUCAUGAACAUUGUGUGAGCCCGUUUGGACAGGCAGUGUGGUCUAAAUUUAAAAAGCGUUAAAGAACUCUAAACAGAGGAACACAGUCCCUUAGCCAACAGGUCCCUGUGCAGUACACUUCUCUGAGACUCAGUUUGCUAUGUCUAAAUAGGUAGAUUUAGAUGGUUGCUAAGGUCCCUUCCCUGGUCUAGUAUUACACGUGCCUGGUUACCUAGGAGUAGGAGCAUGAGUUGUUAUUCAUUAAACCCAGAAUAUAUAUUCCCAAAUAGAAGUGGCCCACGCUAUCCUCACUCCCAGCUAUAAAAAUUGAGAAUGCUGGUUACCAUAGCAACUCACCUUCAUGGAGUCAUUUAGAAAUUUGAUUCUGUAAAGUGACAAUAUUAUGUACCAGCACCUGCAAAGUUCCAAAAUAUUUCCUCUACUUCCCUUCUUGCCCUGGGCGAUGGUGCCAAGAAUUCUCAUAAUCUGGAGAAGCAAUCAGAGUUCUCGAGCUGCCUUUCGGGCUGCUGGAACAGAAGGUGCUGACGGGGUGGGAGUGAAGGGAGGCCCCAUUUUGGUUUACUAAUUCUGCAGCCGCCCUUCACAAACUCCCGCAAAUAUUUUGUGAUGUUGCAAGGUGUUACGAGGAGUGAAAAGCAAGCUGUGACUCGGCUGGCAUGGAGACUCUGCAAACGCGGAAGGGUGAUGUGUUGCAAGGCAGGCUAUUCCUUCUGUGAGUCCGCCAAGUAGAAGGCUUCAAGAACCAUUUCUGCCAGACACUGCUGUUGUGCACACUGGAUUUUUUUUUUUUAAACACAGGACCUAUUAAAAAUUGUUGGGCUUAGUAGGUCUCAUCUUAUGGACCCUGGGCCCUUGGGAGCCCUGGAGUUACUGCAAAGAAUCUGCAAACCCUCUGUGUGUUCUCUCUGCAGAAGGAAUGAAAAAUGUGCUCAUUUAUAUGAAUAAGCUUUCAAAUUUGCAUGAGUAUUAGUAUGUCCAAUAUGCAUAAAUUAAAACAAAUUCAUUUGCAAAGUUACUAUGUCUUAGCUGUAUUUUUUUUAUCAACUGAUCAUAAAAGCAGGGUCAACAUCAUUCUUGUCUUAAGGAAAAGAGGUUAUUUUGGGUGGAGUUGGCUGCUGAAGUCUUGAUUCUGAGGGCAGAGGAAAGGGAUACCGACUGUCAGUUACUGGCUUUGUUUUUCAUGGCGUAAGUGUAAGAAUUUAUUUACCAUUGUCUUCUAGAACAUUAGCACCUCUUAGGAGACCCUUAAUUGACCAAUUGGGCACUUGCUCUCCAUGGGAAAUGUUGUAUCUGAAUAUAAGCUGUGAACAAUGGAUAUAAUUCUUAGGCCACACAUUCUUGUGACAAACAUAACUGAGGGACUAGAGGUUAGACAGAUACCCGGAGAGGCAGACAGACAGGGAGAAGGGCCAUGACUAGGUACUAAAGACUGAGCUUCCAAGAAGGCUGGCUUCUUCCUCAUGACUUGAGACAAAUCGAGCAGCUUAAAGCAGAGGACCCCUGCUCAACAAGUUCAAGGCCUGAUCAGGACAUGUCACACAACAGCCAUCUUGUCUUUCUUCAAACUGACCAACCCUAAUUGGGGGAGGAAGACCCUUCAAAGACUUCAAAAACAAAACAAAACAACAACAAAAUCCAUCAAGCCCUCAAGGAGAAGUUUGGCAUGGGCUUCCUGAGUCCCCCCUUUUCUUUGUGGAGGGUCUUUGUUCUGUAUGUGCCCACUGGAUAUGUGUGUUUUCUUACCCCUAAUAAAAACUGAUUCUGUCUGUUGCA